AUGAAGCUUUUGGCCAUCAUAAGCUUGACCGCAUUUCUCUGUUAUGGUGUUCAGAGUUCUGGCUUAUCAGAAAGAGAGUUAAAUAAACGAAUAGUCAACUCUGGGAUUGCGGUCUUUAUAGACUUCUUGGAUAAAGUCAAAAAUGCUACCGAGAAAAUAGUCAAAGAUGAACACUUUAAAAAAUCAAGGAUUGUGGUCCAAGAACACUUGAAAGACUUAAGACAGACUGCAAAACAAAUCUCUGAGGAAGCUAAAGAUGAUUCUCAACGCGUAAAGCGCAUAAUGCUUGCAGUCUCUGCGGCUGUUUCGAGUGGAACAAUGAUCAGGGAGAUUGCUGGCAAAUAUUUCCAUCCAUUUAUGAACGUUUACCGUGAGAACUUCAAAACAGAGACCAUGACUGGGAUCUGGAGAGAAGUGGAGUCGGAAUACCUUAAAGGAGCUCCUCCUAUCAACAAUAAACCCAUGGGUUUCUUGAGUUACCUUUUAGCCAAAAUGGUGGUGAGAUCCGGGCUGGUGAAUGCACUUAAAGGUGGGGUGGAUAUUGCUUUGGAAGUUGGAAAAAUAGAUCUCAACCAACUUCAUGAAGAAGCGCAGAUGUUUAUAAAUCACAUCCGUGAGAAAGCUAUUGAAAUUUCAGCCUGGGAAAGGCAAAAAGAGACGAAUGAUUUUCUUGCAUCACUAAGAACUGCAUCUGGACUGACAGUAUAUUAUUGGGAUCAACUUUUGGAACACACCGAACGUUUGUCCUUCCAAGAGAAACACUAUGACUCUAUGAAACGAUGGGGGGAGCUUACGAUGCUGAGAAACGCAAGUGAAAAGUAUCACGUGCUAAUAAACCCUGAAACAAGGGAUGACAUUUUGAAUUGGAUUGACAAAACUUUUGGUAAAUUUUCCGAAGCCAUGGCCCUGAAAUACUAUACAGUGGGAAAUGAGGUUUUUGGUUCCGACCGAUUCAAUCAAUCCAAUUGGGCCAUUCUUAAGAUCGCUACUGUUUACGGUCUCCCUGUUUAUGAAAAACUGACUGAAAGUGGUUUUGGGAUUUCAGAGCUCAACAGUUUGCUUAACAGAGUGGAUCUUGCAAUUAUAAUUCUAGAAGGAAAUGAUGAGUCUUCUUUAAGACAGACGUUUACAGAGCAUCUAACUCUUAAUAUUAUGUUAGUGAUUACUUACUUCGCUGAAAAGGAGAAAGAAAAGGGAAUAGAUGAAACAUUACUGCCUUUUAUGUAAGAGUGUAUAUAAUAUAUCACAUUGUUUUUUUUAACCAGUGAAUAAGCAAAUCACUUGUUUUAUCUGUGAAGAAUGGCUGGUUGCAUGUUCUUGAUAUUUUUGUCUACUACAGACUGAUCAGGAACACGGUAUUAGAAGCUUGGGACAGUUUCCCACGUUUUAGAUUCAUGUUCAAUGACAACUCUGAAUUACAGCGAACUGAAAGGGAUUGGAACCAUGCGAGGACCAUCUUCAUUAAUGAGUUAAUAAAAAGUGGAGAAUUUACCGAAGAGGAACUUGAAGAAGCUCAAAUGAACUUUAUCAAUGACACUCGUGGGACAAUAGAGAAAGUGAUGAAAUAUGCUGACAUGGCUGAACGGUUCGAUGAAAGGAUGGAUUUGUCGAUUUUAACCAUCAAAACACUGAUGCACUAUAUAAUGUUUCUAUUUCUCAAAAACUGGGACGAGUUGGUGGAGUAAUUGUUUCUUCGGACAGUACCAGCAAUAUAUUAACAGUACAGCAUUUAACAAACAUUUGGAAACAUGUUGUGUAGUGAGAGCAUAACAAUAAGCAACAUUUUGAUCAAUGCUUUGACAGAAGUUCUAAUAAAAGUGAUAGUCUCAAAUUGUGAGAGUAUGAAAUAAUAAAGCAUCUUUUUUAUAAUCUGGAAUCCUGAUAUGUAACAAUGACUAUUGAAUUGUUUCGUUGUAUUCCUCAAUAAAAAGUU